AUGGCAGAAGAGGCGAUACUAAGGUUUCUUCACAACAACAGUGAAGAGAUCACUGACUCGGGUCAAUUUUCUGCUGAGCACAACCUUGACCACAACGAAGUCGUCAAUGUCAUCAAAAGCCUCCACGGUUUCCGUUACAUCGAUGUUCAGGACAUUAAAAGGGAGACAUGGGUUUUGACUGAUGAAGGGAAGAAAUAUGCAGCAGAAGGAGCACCAGAGGUACAGCUUUUCUUAGCUGUGCCAGAAGAAGGUAGCAUUUCAAAAGAUGAGCUCCAGAAAAAGCUAGCUCCUUCGGUCUUCAAGAUUGGCUGUUCACAAGCUGGGAAGAACAAGUGGGUGGAAAUGGGAAAGCAAGUCUCGAGGAAGGUCCAACAUGUUGAAGAUAAAGUGAAAUCGCUGCUUUUACAAAUACAAGAAGGGAAGGACGUUGAUAAAGACGGUAUCAGUUCUCUCAAAGCCAGAAAACUCAUAGCACCACAGAUAUGGAAGGGAUAUUCCGUAAAGAAAGGUCCUAAUUUCGCUCCUGAGAGAAAGAAAGUGGCCACUGAUUUGACUCGAGAAAAUUUACAAAACUGGAAAGAGUUAGAGUUUAAAGAGUAUAACUUCAAUGCCAAAGGAGCGCCUGUUGAGGCUGGUCAUCUUCACCCCCUUCUCAAGGUGCGGAAGCAGUUCAAAGACAUAUUUGUUCAGAUGGGGUUUGAGGAGAUGCCAACAAACAACUUUGUGGAGAGCAGCUUCUGGAAUUUUGAUGCAUUGUUCCAGCCUCAGCAGCACCCUGCUCGUGAUUCUCACGACACCUUCUUUCUAAAAGAUCCUUCUACUACAAGAACACUGCCGGAAGAUUACGUUGAAAGGGUGAAACGUGUUCAUGAGUCUGGUGGAUAUGGAUCAAGAGGGUAUAAUUAUGUUUGGAAAAGAGAAGAAGCAAAUAAGAAUCUUCUCCGUACUCACACAACUGCUGUUUCUUCUAGAAUGCUUUAUGCACUAGCACAGAAACCUUUUGUGCCCAAGAAGUACUUUUCGAUUGACCGUGUCUUCAGAAACGAGGCUGUUGAUCGGACCCACCUGGCAGAGUUCCAUCAAAUUGAAGGUUUGAUAUGUGAUCGUGGCCUUACAUUGGGAAACCUGAUUGGUGUUUUAAAUGACUUCUUCUCACGCUUAGGGAUGUCAAAAUUGAAGUUCAAGCCAGCUUACAACCCUUACACUGAGCCGAGCAUGGAGAUUUUCAGCUACCAUGAAGGAUUAGGGAAGUGGGUGGAGAUUGGGAACUCUGGAAUGUUCAGACCCGAAAUGCUUCUACCAAUGGGUCUCCCUGAGGAUGUUCGAGUCAUCGCUUGGGGUCUUUCGCUUGAAAGGCCGACGAUGAUAUUAUACGGUAUCGACAACAUCAGAGAUUUGUUCGGACACAAGGUGGAUCUUGAUCUCAUUAAACGGAAUCCAAUCUGCCGAGUUGGAAUCUGA